AGACUUAUUAGUGCAGCCGCGACGAGUAUACUUACACAUCGUCCUCACAUCGACCCCUGCUUGAAUAUUCACCUCACCCUUUUACGACCCCAGCAAUGUCCGGAAACCCUGAAGAGGAUGAUCUCAAGCCCACCGCCACCCCAGGCUACAAGCCAAGUGUUGCUAAGACUGCAGAAGAAUACGCUCAGUUGGAUGCCAACGACGAGAGCUUGAACAGAUGGAAGGCUAGUCUGGGCCUUAAUGCAGAUGGCUCUCAGGGUGUUGCCAGUGGUCCUAAGCUUUCAGUGCUUACUCUUGAGCUUGACUCCCCGACUCUGCCUGCAGGCAAGAAACUCAUCUUCGAUUUGUCGGAUAACGGAAAGCUGGCCGAUCUCAAGAAAAACCCGAUCACGAUCAAGGAGGGUAUUGAGUACAAUGUUCGCAUCACGUUCAAGGUCAACCACUCGAUCGUCUCUGGCGUCAGGUAUAUUCAAGUGGUCAAGCGUUCCGGUAUCAAAGUCGACAAGUUGGAACAGAUGCUAGGCUCGUAUGGACCUCAUCCUAAGAACGAACCUUACAUCAAGAACUUUGAUCCCGAAGAAUCACCUUCAGGCAUGGUUGCACGAACUGGUACUUACAAUGUCACUAGUCGGGUUACUGACGACGAUGGCGAGAUCUACGCUAACUGGGAUUGGGCAUUCAAGCUCGCGAAGGAGUGGUGAAGGGCUAUAUUUGACCUCGACUUUUUUUAUGAUAGUUGCAUGCCACAAAUUGCAUACCUCCCCUUGCGUUCAUAGCUGGUGCAUUUACUUCCCCUGACGUUUGGUGUUUCUUUCACGUUGAACCCGUCCAAUUUGUAUAUUAUUCAUCAACAGUCCUGAUUUGUAUGUACGUACGUGCGACGUACUUUGUCUUCACAUGAUCUUCCUCGC